CGCUGGAUUUUUUUGUUCAUGUCUUGGUUCCCGCCAACGACAGAGUUCCGAACCAGGUGAACUCUCAGGGGAAGUUGACGCUAGCAGGGUAGAUCCCAUUCUGCGGAUCCGGCCCCCAGCACGCAGGCCUCAGACAGAUCCGGUCUUACAUCCCUGAGCUGUAUCCAAAAACAUUCAACCCCCGAGCUUUUCUUGCGUGUCCCAUCUCACACAUCUUUCUUGUCAUCCCGAAACCACACCUUCAUAUCCGUUUCCUUUGGGUAAAACCGGAAGGCAUUGGUCCAACUACUUGACAGUCAUUUGUUUUAUCUGGUCCCAUUUCCUUCCCAUUUCGUCAUUACGCAGAGGCCUGCGCGCUUCACCCAUAAUCCAGCAACAUGAGCUACGGAUACGGCGCAAGACAAAACCCAUUCGACCAGCGCGAUGGCGGCGGCAAUGCUGGAUACGGCGGUGGCCUGCCGGCUGGACCAAGGGCAGGUGGAAACCGAUACAACGAGGGUGCGCCCAUGGCACAUGACGAGUAUAGUUCCAAUAACGUUGAGAUGGCUUCGCUCGCACAGAACGCCAGCUCCUUCGGGCAAGGAGACCCAAAUGCGAUUUUGAACGAGUGUGCCGACAUCGACCGCGGAAUUAACACGAUCGACCAAAACCUGAACCAGAUGAAGAUGCUGCAACAGCGAGCGCUCGACGAUGCCGACAGCUCGGCCUCCAGCAGUACCAACCGACAGCUCGAUACCCUCAGCAGCGAGACGAUGGCGCACUACCGUUCCCUAACUGAACGGGUACGCACGGUAAAAAGCAACCCAGAAAGCCAGCAGCCUAAGAACGCUCCUCAAGUUGGACGUGUUGACAGGCGGCUGAAACAAGCUAUCCAAUCUUACCAGCAAGUCGAGUCCCAGUUCCGCAAGAAGACGCAAGAGCAAAUGGCAAGACAAUACCGCAUCGUUCGACCAGAUGCCGACGACAGCGAAGUACAGGCAGCGGUUGAGGAUCCAAACGGUACACAAGUCUUCCAGCAGGCUUUGAUGCAGAGCAACCGUCGUGGUCAGGCCCAAUCCGUAUUGAACGCCGUCCGGGACCGACACGCGCAGUUGGAGAAGAUCGAACAGCAGAUGAUUGAGCUGGCUCAGCUGUUCCAGGAUAUGGACACCCUCGUUGUUCAGCAGGAAGUUGCUGUGGCCAACAUCGAGCAGAAGGCCGAGGAAACCGUCGAAAAUUUCGAUAAGGGUAAUGAGGAAAUUGCUGUUGCUGUCAACACCGCAAGGAAGACACGCAAGAAGAAGUGGAUCUGCUUGGGUAUCAUCGUGGCCGUCAUUUUGGUCAUUGUUAUCAUCGUGGUCGUAUAUAUCAUGAUCAACAAGAAAGCCGACUCAUCAACCACUACUAAUACUACCAACACCAAGCGUUGGCUUUCUGACACGCCGAGCAACGCUGCUCGUUCGUGGAACCAAGGCAACGAUGUCCCAGAGCUUCUCACUAAGAGGAGUGAAAGCGAAUCCGAUUUCGAGAAGCGAUAUAUCAAACUUUUCCGUGGUGAGACGGCGAAAGUCGGCCGAUCCGUGGAAGAAAGCGAGAAGCGGUGGGUUGCUUCCGCCGAGUACAUUCCCGACGAUGGGUCUGCCAAGAAGCGAUGGGUCGACGGUGGAGCUGGUGCAAACCAUCAACCAGUGUCUAGAUCCUUGCGACUUCCUGGUGGUCGAAGGGCGUUCGCUCCCGGGCAAGCGAUGGUUCCGGAUGCCAUAUAAGCGCCACCACACACGGUUGCAUUGUCAGGAGAACGGUCCACAUAUUCACAGGCUACACGCCACACGUAUUCUUUUACGUCCACAACACAGUUUGGAGUCGAGGCGCUAGAUCCUGGUACAUCUGCUAGAUCUGUAGACUUGACCUCAAAACAGAAGUUGGUCGGUGGGGGGGAGGGUUGAAAAUUGGUCCAUUUUAUGUUUCUAAGCUCACAGCUGCUAGCGAACCUGGAAAUAUACGGUUUGUUCUGGCUUAAUAUGAGCCUAGGAACUUGACCAGCCUGUUUGGUAUAUAGUCCUGGAUCUGGUUUCCAUAUGAAAGGGUUGUAUAAGGUACUGGGUAGAAAGACAAAGGCAUUGGUUGCUUUUCUGGCGUUCAUAGUUUACCACUUAACUUUUUGUACUGAGAAUGGUCUUGUUGCUGGGCAUACUACCAUUGCUAAUCUGAUUCACAAACUGCCCGCCAGUACAAUCUGCAUCCUUGAUGUCUUUGACCGCCC